CUGCACACUGACCUGGAUAAGGGCGAGAGCGAGGUGAAGUACACUCUCAUGGGAGAAGGGGCCGGCUCCAUUUUCACCAUCGAUGCAACGACCGGGGACAUCCAUGCCUUAAGAAGCCUUGACAGGGAGGUGAAGCCUUACUACACCCUACGCGCCCAGGCUGUCGAUAUCGACACAAACAGGCCCCUGGAGCCCGAAUCAGAGUUUGUGAUCAAAGUCCAGGACAUCAACGACAAUGAGCCAAAGUUUCUGGAAGGCCCAUACACAGCCAGUGUCCCUGAGAUGUCACCUGUAGGUAAGAAGAAAUAUCAGAAAAUACUUUGUGUGGCCUAUUCACUAUAUAGUGUACUUCUUUUGACCAGAGACCUACGGGCUCUGGUCAAAAGUAGUACACUAUGUAGAGAAUAAGGUGCCAUUUGGAACGUAGGCAAAUUAUCACAGAAUGCUUCAUGUAUCACCUUUAACUUGGCAUAGGAAAAUAGAUGCAUUUCUUAGAACACUGUAUUGUACUGAGUUUUAGAUCCAGACAUAGUAAGAAAGGGAGUUUUAUAACCACAUGUAAACAGGAGGGAGAAAGAGAACCCAACAGAUGUUGAUGUUUCAGCGAGCAAGCCAGUUAUGCACAACGUGCCUGAGUACAUUGCAGAUCGAGGCUUGUCUAUAUGAUCUCUCCCCCAGGGAAGGGAGAUCAAGGUAAUUCACUCUGAGAUUGGCUCCUCUUGAUCUGAAUGGCAAUGAAGCCCUGGCGAAGAGAACAGAAAAACCAGAUAGAAAUGUUGAAUGGAGCCGGGUACAGUCAAUGUACAGGUAAUUGCCAACAUGAAGGAAAAACCAACAUAAAGUGUCUUAAUAGGGCAUUGGGCCACCACAAGCCAAAAGAAUAGCUUCAAUGUGCCUUGGCAUAGAUUCUACAAGUGACUGGAACUCUAUUGGAGGGAUGUGACACUAUUCUUCCAUGAGAAAUUCCAUCAAUUGGUGUUUUGUUGAUGGUGGUGUAAAACACUGUCUCAGGUGCCACUCCAGAAUCUCCCAUAAGUGUUCAAUUGGGUUGAGAUCUGGUGACCAGUGGCAGUCAAUGCCAUUUAAGAUGAGGGAGAACCAUUUAAUUUUUUAAUGAGCAUGGCCUUAUUUCUAUUACAGCGUAUUGGAUGACUGUCAUUCAUAUUCCAUUCAACCAGUUCAAUGUAACAAUGCCUAUUCCCCCUCAGGAGACAGAAAAUAUUUGGCAUGGGUCCUCAGAUCCUCAAAAAGUUAUACAGCUGCACCAUCGAGAGCAUCCUGACUGGUUGCAUCGCCGCCUGGUAUGGCAACUGCUCGGCCUCCGACCGCAAGUCACUACAGAGGGUAGUGCGUACGGCCCAGUACGUCACUGGGUCCAAGCUUCCUGCCAUCCAGGACCUAUAUACCAGGCGGUGUCAGAAGAAGGCCCUAAAAAUUGCCAAAGCCACCCUAGUCAUAGACUGUUCUCUCUGCUACCGCACGGCAAGCAGUACUGGAGCGCCAAGUCUAGGUCCAAAAGGGUUCUUAACAGCUUCUACCCCCAAGACAUAAGACUCCUGAACAGCUAACCAAAUGGCUACCCAGACUAUUUGCAUUGAUCCCCCCCCUAUGCAUAGUAACUUUACCUCUACCAUGUACAUAUUACCUCAAUUACCUCGACUAACCUGUGUCCCCGCACAUUGACUCUGUACCGGUAACCCCGGUAUAUAGCCUCGUUACUGUUAUUUUAUUGUUGUUCUUUAAUUAUUUGUUAUUUUUCAUUUGUAUUUAUUUAUUGUUUACUUCAGUUUAUUUAGUAAAUACUUUCUUAACACUUAUUUUUUCUUAAAACUGCUUUGUUGGUUAAAGGCUCGUAAGUAAGCAUUUCACUGUAAGGUCUACACCUGUUGUAUUCGGCACAACAUUUUAUUUAUUUGAUUUCAGGCUAAUAGAUGACACUCUAAUUUUCCCUAUACCCAUCAUGAGGUUGCUACAACCUAGCCUAUGAAUGACAGUUUACAACGUAGGUGCACACAGGUCAGACAUUGACACAUUCAAUACCGCCUUCCACACUCUUGGCUGCAUCUAGCUGAUAUAGGGUGUAAUCAUUGGUCCAAGAGUUGCAAAUGAGAGUUUCUAUUGGACAAAUUCAGGUAUGUUCAUCCCCGUUUGGUUCUGUUUGCUUCCAUUUAAGAAAGGAUUUUCAACAGAAUCGGCGGAAUGAAUACACUCCUGAUCACGCGUAAACACAGUUCACUUUCAUAGCAGCCACAUUGUAUUCCUUCUCGCAUCUAUGCGCUCUCCUCCUCUCAUCUUGUCCAUUCGCUUGUGGAUUUCUAUGCUCAACACAUCAGCUGUAUGUGACCAGGCGAAAAAACCUAUUCAAGCCAAACUAUAUUAUAACUGCUACAUAUAGCCUACAUCGUUGUCACUGUAUUAGCUAAAGUAACUUCAUAGUCAACAUAGCUAAUAUAACUAACGCGUUAGUAAACCCACUACAAUCAUGCAGUAAAGUUACAGUGUACAGUCAGUAAGCAGUUACACCGGCGGGCCCCGGUGGCAAUAAAUUAGUAAAACCAAAAGCUUACCUUAACUUGGAAGAGUUCCAGCAUUGUGUUGGAUAGUCAUCGCCAGCUAGCUAAACAUACCAUCCCUCUGUUUGAGCAGGGUGUUUGAGUAGGCUAAACUAGCUAGCUGCAUUUGCUAGCUAAGUAAGUGAAAAAAUUAAAUAAUGAAAUCUCUCUUUUGCUUCUUCUUCAUUUUGGAAGAAAUGAAUUUGUUCAAAAAUGUUCAACAAUUGUCUUCUUUCUCUCUUUGAGUCAACUACUCACCACAUUUUAUGCACUGCAGUGCUAGCUAGCUGUAGCUUAUGCUUUCAGUACUAUAUUCAUUCUCUGAUCCUUUGAUUGGGUGGACAACAUGUCAGUUCAUGCUGCAAGACCUCUGAUAGGUUGGAGGACGUCCUCUGGAAGUUGUCAUAAUUACUGUGUAAGUCUAUGGAAGGGGGUGAGAACCAUGAGCCUCCUAGGUUUUGUAUUGAAGUCAAUGUACCCAGAGGAGGACGGAAGCUAGCUGUCCUCCGGCUACACCAUGGUGCUGCCCUACCUUUAUUGCAAAAUAGCAUGUUUGAAUCAAUUAUUUGGUGACGUGAUUAUAUUUAGUAUAGUUUUAUCUAAAAAGGAUAACUUUUUAAAUGUUUAAAAAAUAAAAAAUAAAAAUAUUUUUUUAUGAAAUUCACUGAGGAGGAUGGUCCUCCCCUUCCUCCUCUGAGGAGCCUCCACUGCUGGUGACUGAGACACACACACUUUAAACCCCCUAUGCUCCUUUGAGACCACUCUUUCAAAGUCACUGAGAUCUCUUCUUCUAGGCAUUGUAGCUAAAAUAAUGGGUAACUGGGCAUUUUUAUGCAUGACCCUAAGCAUGAUGGGAUGACAAUUGCUUAAGUAACUCAGGAACAACACCUGUGUGGAUGCACCUACUUUCAAUAUACUUUGCAUCAGUGGUGUAAAGUACUUAAGUAAAAAUACUUUAAAGUACUACUUAAGUAGUUUUCGGGGGUAUCUGUACUUUACUUUACUAUUUCCAUUUUUGACAACUUUUACUUUUACUUCACUAUAUUCCUAAAUAAAAUAAUGUACUUUUUACUCGAUACAUUUCCCUGACACCCAAAAGUACUCGUUACAUUCGGAAUGCUUAGCAGGACAGAAAAUGGUCCAAUUCACACACUUAUCAAGAGAACAACCCUCGUCAUCCCUACUGCACAAAUGCUUCAUUUGUAAAUGAUUACUGAGUGUUGGAGUGUGCCCCUGGCUAUAAUAUAUUUGUAUUUUUAAGACAAUUGUGCCAUCUGGUUUGCUAAAUAUAAGGAAUGUUUUAUUAUUCAUACUUUUACUUUUACUUUUGAUACUUAAGUAUAUUUUAGCAAUUCCAUGUACUUUUGAUACUUAGGUAUAUUUAAAACCAAGGACUUUUAGACCAUUACUCAAGUAGUAUUUUACUGGGUGACUGUCACUUUUACUUGAGUCAUUUUCUAUUAAUGUAUUUUUACUUUUACUCAAGUAUUAAAUCAGGAGUUUGGAAUCUAGGACCUGCCUGCGAAAUAAUAAUUUUCUUUAAAGCUGCAAUAUGUUACUUUUGGGGCGACCCAACCAAAUUCACAUAGAAAAUGUGUGUUAUAGAUCUGUCAUUCUCAUUGGAAGCAAGUCUAAGAAGCAGUAGAUCUGUUCUAUGUGCGCUAUUUCUAUGCUUCCCGUUCUUAAGUUUCGUUUUCGCGUCUUUUACUUUCAGUUUUGUGCACCAACUUCAAACAGCUGAAAAUACAAUAUUUUGGGUUAUUGAAAAUAUAUUUCACAGCGGUUUGGAUGGUACAAUGAUUCUCUACACUGCUUGUUUUGUCACAUAAACUGAAAUUAGGUGAACUAUUCAAAUGUUAUUGCACCUUUAAAUAAGGGAUUGAGCAUGCUUUUGGAAUAAUUAUUCUUUUCAGAUUAGUCUGCAGUCACUGUUGACAAUUUAGCGACUUUGUCCGAUAUUUAGCAAGUUUUCAGACCCCUCCAGGGACAUUUAUUAGUAAAAGAGUCUAGCGACAAAUACAACUACUUUUCAGGCUGCCUUUGGGGAGUUUUGACACAGAGGGUUUCUAUGGUUUUGAUAGCAUUUAGCGACUUUUCCCACUCAACUCUGAUGCAAACAAGAGUGGGAGAAGCUGUCUGAGCAACAGAAAUCACAGCAACAGCACACACACAGGCAGACAAGCACAAGGGAAGGGGGUGUUCGGUGUCAUGUAAAAAUCUUCCCAGCGUGAAAUAGUUCCCAAUCGUUCUGAUUGUGUUCUGAUUGUGACGUCAUGCUGUAAAAUCAACACGUCAUCUACCAACUUCUAGUGACAAAUCAAGGAGCCAAUAGCGGAUUUCACUGAAAAUAGUUGGCAACAAUGUCUGCAGUGUGUGUGAUAAAUGGUUCAAUAGGGCAUUGAUGGAGCGUGUGCCUGAGAAAAAUAGGAAUCACUGCUAAUUACAUUAAUGAAAUGAAUGGAACUAAUAGGCCUUCCUUAGGGAGAUGGGCGUGGAUUCAAAACACCAAUUACGAUGAAUACUGUAUUUUUAUUUUCAAAGAACAUCAAGAAACUGGAAUGAGCCAAGUUAAAAAGUGGUGCAUAGCUUUGUUUAGCUAUUAUUAACCCAUUUUAAACCAAGCACUCGUAUUUGAAAGCUUUAUGGAAAUAGAGCUGUUUAUAAAAGGAUUGCAUCACUAAAACGCACAAGCAAAAACACGAAUACAGCACAUGCUGAUAAACCAGCACAAACUGCCUAGUUAUAAAUGAGUGAUUAACCAUUAGCAUUGGCACAGCAGUAAUAGAGCCUGUAGAGCAUCUCAGCUACAUGACACCCGGAUGGGUGGUGCAGGGCUUUGUUAGGAAGGAUUAACACUUUAAUCUCUCUCACCUAAUGUUUUAAUACAAUUGUUACCAUCUGCUCACAGCGCAAAGCCUGUUUAAUAAAGGCUUGUUACAGCCAACUAAAAGAUUAGCAUGUGUCAAUGGCCAUUUGUGCAUGUAGCUUCUCUUGGAUGUCCACCAAGCAGACUAUACAGUCCCAGCCUGUACAUAUGGAAUAAAACAGAGAAAUCUCAUUUAGCCACAGGAGUGGUUUUAUUGAGCUUAUAGAUACAAUAAUUGCCAUUGAAUUUGAUGGUAGGUUUACAUGCUUCUGUGGAGAUGGUGGAUUAAUGCAAUUGGUGUUUUAGAUUCAAGCUUCAGUAAUUAAAGAGGAUGAGCCCAUACUUCUAUAACCAGUAAUUACUCUGUUCCUGGUACUGCAGGAAGUUUGGAUGGCUGCCAUGUUUCCUAUUCCUGCUGUGGAUGGCUCUUUGUUUCUAUAAUGGAGGCAAUGUCUAAUGAAUGUGUGUCUGAACAGCCAUUUUACCCCUGAUGUAUGUUUUGGCUAAACAUCCACUUGCAAAUGUAUAUUUCACAUAGUGAAUAAUUCAACGUUCCAAUGAUGCACACUCAUCUUCUAUCAUAUACUCGUCACACUGUAAUCUAAGUGACUCUGUCCCAAAUGGCUCGCCUAUUCGCUACAUAGUGCACUACUUUUGACCUGAGCCCUGCUCAAAAGUAGUGCACUUUAUUGGGAAUAGAGUGCCAUUUGGGAGGCAUACAUGGUGGCAAAAGCUUCUAAACUGGAUGAAAACUAUUCCAUAAAAAAUGACCCCAUCUGAAUGUUACAAAUGUAUGUGUAUGUUUUACAGGGACCUAUGUGAUGCAGGUGACAGCCACAGAUGCAGAUGACCCUACCUAUGGAAACAGUGCCAGAGUGGUCUAUAGCAUCCUCCAUGGCCAGCCAUACUUCUCU